CGUAGGUGUUUUGUCACUUCCUGCUCAUUUCAGUCCGUACACGGAGGGCCGUCAGACGAGUUUGGAGAGCAGAGAGGACGCGUAUGCCGAGCUGGAGCUCCGGACACUUGAACAGGCUUUAUUGGCCACAUGUGUUGGCAGCAUCUCAGAGCUCAGUGACCUGGUGUCACGGGCCAUGCACCACAUGCAGCGUCUAAGUUCUGUCCGUCACGGUCUCAGUCCGGCACGCCAUGCCCGCCAGCAACCCGUCUCCUGGUCUCCGGAUGCCCUUCACACUCUCUAUUACUUCCUGCGAUGCCCUCAGAUGGAGUCUAUGGAGAACCCCAACCUGGAUCCACCCAGGAUGGCCCUGAGCAAAGAAAGGCCGUUCCUUUUACUCCCCCCUCUGAUGGAGUGGAUGCGUGUGGCCAUCGUCCAUGCCGAGCAUCGCCGCAGCUUAUUGGUGGACAGCGAUGAUGUCAGACAGACUGCACGCCUCCUCCUGCCUGGGCUUGACUGUGAGCCCAGACUGCUAAAGCCCGAGUGCUGUUUUAGUUCCUUUAGGCGGCUGGAUGCCAAAGCCGCCACAGAUAAGUUCCAGCUGGACCUGGGCUUUCGUAUGCUCAACUGCGGCCGCACCGAUCUGAUCGGCCAAGCCAUUGAACUUCUUGGACCAGAUGGUGUCAACAGCAUGGAUGACCAGGGUAUGACCCCGCUGAUGUACGCCUGCGCAGCUGGAGACGAAGCUUUAGUGCAGAUGUUGAUUGAUGCUGGGGCCAAUCUAGAUAUAGCGGUCCCUGGCUGCUCCCCCAAACACCCUUCAGUUCACCCAGACAGUCGACACUGGGUGGCGCUCACGUUCGCUGUGUUACAUGGACAUAUAUCAGUGGUGCAGCUUCUUUUAGAUGCCGGUGCGAAUGUUGAAGGAUCGGCUGUUCGUAAUGGACAGGAGAGCAACGCUGACACCCCUCUCCAGCUGGCAUCUGCAGCAGGGAAUUACGAGAUGGUUAGCCUGCUGCUGGCGAGGGGCGCGGACCCUCUGCUGAGAUCCCAGGACGCUAACACGCUGACAUCAUCGCUGUACGAGGACAUGAACUGCUUUAGUCACGCAGCCGCCCAUGGUCACAGGAACGUGUUGAGGAAGCUUCUCUCUCAGCCUCAGAAGGUCAGAGAGGACGUGCUGUCUCUGGAGGAGAUCCUGGCGGAGGGCGUGGAUGGCGAGAUGGGGGGGUCCGGCCGGAACGGACACUGUUUUCCCCCUCCGCCGUCUCCCAAUAUGAGCCUGGCAUCAGAAGGCGCCUUGCCAAAGCUGUGCAAAGCCCGCAUGAAAGCACUACAGGAGGCUUCGUUCUACAGCGCAGAACACGGCUACCUGGACGUCACCAUGGAGCUCAGAUCACUGGGAGUGCCGUGGAAGCUUUACGUGUGGCUGGAGUCGUUGCGCAGCGCUCAGCAGAAGUCCAGGGCCGCCGUGACGCUUUCCCUGCUGCGAGACUUCACCUCCAUCAAAGAGGAAGAUUACUGCGAUGAACUCAUCCACAUCGGCCUUCCUCUGAUGUUUAAUAUCCUGAAAAACAGCAAGAAUGAGUCAAUAAUCCAGCAGCUGGGCAUCAUUAUCAGUCACUGCUACGGUCCAGCUCCACUUCCUCCUAUCAUAGAGAAGAAAGCGGCUCUCUCUGCUCAGCUGGAUCCACACUUCCUAAACAACACAGAGAUGUCUGAUGUGACGUUCCUGGUGGAAGGGAAACCAUUUUACGCUCACGGUGUUCUGCUUCUCACAGCGUCUGAGAGAUUCAGAUCUCUCUUGGCGCAAAACGUCACAGACGGCGUUCAGGCUCGCAAAGACAUCGAAAUCAGCAACAUCAAGUACAACAUCUUCCAGAUGAUGAUGUCAUACCUGUACUGCGGGGGGACGGAGUCUCUUAAGAUGGGCGUCUCGGAGUUACUGGAGUUGCUGUCAGCGGCGAGCUUGUUCCAGUUGGGGGCGCUACAGCGACACUGUGAAAUUCUGUGUGCUCAAAGUAUUGACGUUGCCAAUGCUGUAAACAUUUACAACACUGCUAAGGCUCACGGUGCAGUAGAGCUCAGUACGUACUGUGAAGGUUAUUUCCUGCAGAACAUGGCAGGUCUGUUGGAGAGGGAAGAAUUUCGGCAUUUGAUCCUGAUGUCCGGUACGCGGAAAGACUCGCUUGUGGAUGAGCUGGAGGCGACGCUGGCGCGCAGACUCCGUUCUCUGCUCGUGACGUCUCGCGUGUGAAUUAAGAAAACAGCACAAAGAAAAGAUGUUAAAAUAAUGCAGACCAGUUUGAAAAACAAAGAUGGACUGAGUGAUGUUGAGCGUUGUGGAGAGUUUUUUAAAUUAUACGAAUAACCGUACGGACACAAGCUUUGAGUUCUUAAUGACUUUAAUAAAAGCUGCAGUGUUUGUGUGGCUGAAACUAUAUCGGAGUAUGUCAAGAUCAUGUUUUCCCGUGCUUAAAUAUAUAUAUAAAUGCCAUUUUGUACAGAGUUUGGCUAAAGUGGGAGGCUAGAGUGUAUUUUUUCUCCUUUUUCUUAAUAAUUUUAAUAAUAAGCUAUUAUAGAUAAAUCUUGUAAUGGAGAAAGGACGUUUUCUAUUUAAAGAUGUUUUAUUUAAGUUGCCUUUUUAUCUUUGCUUUGUGCCAAGCAAAUAAAAUUAUAUCUUGUCUUGUGA